GACGCGACCAAUGAGUGAUCGUUCAACGAUGAAGUUGUGAGCCAUUAAGAUCACUAAUUAGUCACCAAAAUUUAUUUAAAAGAACGAAACAGUUUCUUUUCUAUUGACUAACCUGUCAAUAAUCAAUUAAGAUGUAUAUAGCGACGGUUUUGACGGGUAUUACUGUCGUGAUCGUACUUGUAGCAUAUUGGUUGAGGGGCCGAAAAGACCCUUCUAAGCCAAGAAUUUGUGUCCUAGUGCUCGGAGAUAUCGGCAGAAGUCCUCGUAUGCAGUAUCAUGCUCUUUCUUGUGCAAAAGCAGGCUUUCGGGUGGAUAUGGUCGGAUUUGGAGGGUCUAAUCCAAUAAAGGAACUAGCAGAGAGUGAAAAAGUCGUAAUCAAGACAUUGCCAGAAUUUCCUGAAUCUCUGAGAGGUUUGCCCAAGUUGCUGUUUUAUGCCUUGAAAGCAAUCAUUCAGUUUUUCCAACUCUUUGUUACCCUUUUAAGCUGUGGCUCACAAUGUACCCAUUUGUUAGUUCAGAAUCCUCCAGCCAUCCCCUCCCUGGCAGCAGCAUGGUUUGUGAGUCUCCUUUGUGGAAGUAAAUUUGUCAUUGAUUGGCAUAACUACGGGUUUACAAUCUUGGCUCUGGGAGUGAAGAAUACUGAACACCCUCUUGUAAAGGUAGCUAAAUGGUAUGAGUUCUUUUUUGGAGGUAUGUCAUCAAUUAACCUGUGUGUCACUCAGGCAAUGCAAAGAGACUUGUGGGAAAAAUAUGAAAUAAGGGCACACACUUUGUAUGAUCGGCCUCCAUUGCGGUUUCAUGAAAUGGAUCUUUCUACACAACAUCAACUUUUUCUAAAGCUUUCCAAGGAAUAUGAAGUUUUCAGUGCACCAGAAAGUCCUUCAGAAUUCAAGAAUGAUGUAACUUCUAUGACAGCAUUCACCAUUCAGUUAAAAGAUGGAAGAAUUCUUUUCAGACAACAGAGGCCUGCUCUCCUAGUUAGCAGCACAAGUUGGACAGAAGAUGAAGACUUCUCAAUUCUACUGGAUUCUCUUGAAGAGUAUGAGAAGGUUAUAAGUGAGGACCAAGCAUCCCUUCCUUCUAUAGUUUGUGCCAUAACUGGCAAGGGACCUUUAAAGGAAUAUUAUCAAACAAUAAUUAGUAAAAAGAACUUUAAACAUGUAAAAAUAUGCACUCCAUGGCUUGAGCCAGAAGACUACCCACGCCUGUUAGGUUCAGCUGACCUUGGUGUGUGUCUGCACAAGUCAUCAUCAGGUUUAGAUUUGCCAAUGAAGGUUGUGGACAUGUUUGGUUGUGGCUUGCCUGUGUGUGCUAUACAUUUUGAGUGCUUACACGAGUUGGUCAAACAUGAAGAGAAUGGUCUGAUAUUCCGCGACAGUAUGGAGCUAACUCAACAACUAAAAAAACUCUUUCGAGGUUUUCCACUGAGCAAGCCAUUACUCACUAGUUUCAGAGAGAACUUAGCAAGUUUCCAAAGGACGAGAUGGGAUGCGAGUUGGAAAAAAAUUGUCCUGCCAUUGCUAAAAGAGAAAUGAAACAUGUUCAAAUGUUUCCUUAAAUUCACCUCAAUUAAUAAAAUUCAGUAUAAAUUAUUUCUUGAAGACUGU